UUUAUCGAAACGUUUGGGGAGAUUUGGAUCCGUCGGUGUGAUUGGAGAGGUCCACUCUCUCCGAUAGCGCAAGACUCUAUGGAAACGCACAUUGUGGGACAUGGAUAGACUGUUUGCGCCAUCUGUGGAUGUAGUGCCGAUGACCAGAGCCCCCGUCUGAGGUGUGUUGGAGGAGGUCUGCUGGUCUUGGGGAGAGUGUGGUAUGCGAACGCAACGACUCACGCUCCUGUCCGAGGCGCACAGACAGCUAGAUUGAUCAUGCUGAGGCAGAUGCUGUUGAACUCCACGGCAGCGGCGCGAGACUUCGACCUGAUGACCCACACACACACGCAGGCGCCGCUGAACGUGUCCCACGGGCCCGUGAGUGUGUCGGCCCUCCUGAAGCCCACGGGCCGGGGGAGCUCUCUGCGAGAGGGAGAGCCCGACAAACCCGACCUGGCCACGUAUGUGGUGAUGUGUCUGGUGCUCUUCCUCCUCGUCCUCCUCAUCGUGUUCUUCAUCAACUGUCAGCUGAGGAACUCUUUCUUCGCCUCCAUGCCUUACGACCGGUCACUGCGAGAGGCCCGCAGCUCCUACAAAUGACCCGUUUGACCCGGUAGGAUGCGAAGCGGUUUGGAUAACAGAACCAGCACGGAUUGAAGCCGGACUCAUUGAUCUGUCUGUAUAUAGUGACUGUUUUGUACUUCUGCACGGCCUUUUCUGCCCAUAUAGGGUUUAUCACAAGUUGUGUGCAUUAUGUAAUACAGAUUAUUUUCUUGUACGGUGUUAAACCAUGAUUAAAUCUCACAUUCAUGAC